UCUCACGUCUCUUCGACGUAACUGUGAUUUCUAGCUAGUUUAAAAGCUGGCUAGCUCAUUUUUUACCGAAAUCUAAUAUUUACUGUGAAUACGGGACCAGGUAAGAGUUUCUGUUACAGUUUCUUUUAAAAAGUGAUCUUGUGUGUUUUAUUGCAGUAGGAUCCCAGUGGUUUCCGGUGAUAUCAGAAACAUCCCCGUUAAGAUUAAGGUCUUACAGCAGGCGCUAUGUUGGUCCCCAUAUUCACGCUGAAGCUCAACCACAAGAUUAACCCUCGCAUGGUGACUGUGGGGAAGUUUGAUGGAGUCCACCCAUGCCUGACUGCAGCCACACAGGCAGGAAAGGUUUUUAUCCACAACCCUCAUGCUCGUGGUCAGAGACCUGUGGCCCAUCGACUGAGUCAGAGCGCUCAGGAUUCAGACAUCUCUCUGCUCAACAUUAACCAGGCAGUCACUUGUCUAACAGCAGGGACACUGGGACCAAACACCACUGGAGACACACUGUUGGUGGGAUCCCAGACCAACCUGCUGGCUUAUAAUGUCCAUGACAACGCUGAUAUAUUCUACAGAGAGGUUUCUGAUGGGGCCAAUGCUAUUGUGCUGGGGAAACUGGGGGACAUCCCGAAUCCUCUUGCCAUCAUUGGAGGAAACUGUGCCUUACAAGGCUUUGACUACCUUGGCAAUGACCAUUUCUGGACAGUGACUGGAGAUAAUGUCAGAUCUCUGGUGCUCUGCGACUUCACUGGGGAUGGGAAAAAUGAGCUCCUGGUAGGAUCGGAGGACUUUGACAUCCGAGUAUUCAAGGAGGAUGAGCUUGUGUCUGAGAUGACAGAAAAUGAGACAGUUACAUCACUGUGCCACAUGCAUGGCAGCAGGUUUGGCUAUGCUCUGGCUAAUGGAACCGUGGGAGUCUAUGACCGCACCGCCCGUUACUGGAGGAUUAAGUCUAAGAAUCAUGCAAUGAGCAUCCACGCCUUUGACCUGAACGCAGAUGGCGUGGUGGAGCUCAUCACUGGCUGGUCCAAUGGAAAGAUUGAUGCACGCAGUGACCGCACAGGCGAGGUUAUUUUCAAAGACAACUUCUCCUCAUCUGUAGCCGGAGUGGUGGAGGGGGACUACAGACUGGAUGGAGAGAAACAACUUAUCUGCACUUCUAUAGACGGAGAGGUCCGGGGUUACCUGCCAGCCAGUAAGGACCUAAAGGGGAAUCUUAUGGACACCAGUUCUGAACAGGACCUCAUUAGAGAGCUCAGCCAACGCAGACAAAACCUCUUACUGGAGCUACGCAACUAUGAGGAGAACGCCAAGGGUGUGUCCGAGACUAACAGUGUCAUACCAGCCAACACUCAGCUCCAGACGGCGCUGUCAGUGAAACCUGCUACAGAAGCCCAGAAGGCUCAUGUAGAGCUCAGCAUUUCAACACCAAAUGAAACCAUCAUCCGUGCAGUGCUCAUCUUUGCAGAGGGGAUCUUUGAGGGGGAGAGUCAUGUGGUCCACCCCAGCGCCCAAAAUCUGUCAGGCUGUAUCCAAGUCCCCAUCGUCCCCCCCAAAGAUAUCCCAGUAGAUCUGCACAUCAAAGCCUUUGUUGGAGGGAAAACGAGCUCAUUGUUUGUCAUCUCCAGCACCCAAUUCCAUGUGUUUGAAAUCACACGGCAGCUGCCUCGAUUCUCCAUGUACGACAUCUCAGUUGACUCCUCGGAUGCCCCGCCCACUGGAAGGGUCACCUUCAGCAUCAACGACCGACCACAGCGGGUGGUGAUGUGGCUGAACCAGAACUUCUUGCUUCCUGAGGGAGUAGACAGUCCCAACGUCAGUUUUAAUUCACUAAGAGGAGGUGGACUUCUGUCCAUCAGCAUCAGCAAUGGACAGAUCACUCUGAGAACAGACGACAUUGACCUGGCAGGAGACCUGGUCCAGUCCCUGGCGUCCUUCCUGGGCAUAGAGGACUUAUCAGCAGAAGCAGACUUCCCAGGAUACUUUGAGGAGCUACGCACUACACUCACUGAGGUGGAUGAGUUCCACUCGGUCCAUCAGAAGUUAACCGCAGCCAUGGCUGACCACUCCAACUACAUCAGGAACAUGCUCGUGCAAGCAGAGGACGCUCGCCUUUUGAGUGACAUGACAACUAUGAAGAAGCGUUACAGAGAGCUGUACGAUCUAAACAGGGAUCUGAUCAACGAGUACAAAAUCCGUUCUAACAACCAUAAUGCAUUACUGGUCUGCCUCAAGUCUGUAAACCAGGCCAUUCAGCGGGCAGGACGACUCAGAGUGGGUAAGCCCAAGAACCAAGUGAUCUCCGCCUGUCGAGACGCCAUCAAGAGCAAUAAUGUCAACUCACUCUUCAGGAUCAUGAGAGCGGGCACAGCAUCCUCCUGAGGGUGGAAGACGUUUUGGGAAUACAGGAAUGGACAAAAAGAGAAAAGGGACCAUAGAUGGACAUAAACACGACCGAUCAGCUCUGUAAUGUUGGACUAACUCUUCGCAAGCAUGGCGCCUGCACAGCCUUUUCAGCACAAUGAUGAAGACCAAAACCACACAUGGAGCAGAAGUUCCUAAGAAUGUGGAGCAGUAGUAACCUUUAACCAUCUUAUGUCAUGAUUUAGGUAUAAACAGCAGCCAGGUUUUUGUCUCUAUAAAGAGACGUCUGCAUGAAAGUGAAGCUCACAAUCUGUUCUAAAUCAAACAUUUCAUCUUGACGCUGUCAUGAAAACCAUCUACGUUUAGGUUCCCUGACUACCUGAACUGCAUCAGAAAUGAUCGAUCUGACCUCCUUUCAACAAACAAGCAUUCUGAAAGUGGUUUUCUUCUCCCCUUGAGGAUAGUCUUAAAGGCCACAUAUUAUGCAAAAUGCACUUCACCAUGUUCCUCUAACACUAACGUGUCCCUAGUCUGUCUACAAACCACUCAAGAAUGAGAAAAGUCCAUCAUCUCCGUCUUCUGCCUGCUCCACUUUUCAGAAAAUGUGUGCUCAAACAGGACGUUUGGAGAUUUUCCCUUCAUGACAUCACAAAGGGCAGUAGCCCCUCCCCCAGGUGUUCUGCCCUCUUGAGUCUGACUUCUCACAGUAAACAAUAGGACAUGAUGCAAGACAGCCAAAGCCCUUCCAGAGAGGGGGCGUGGUCAGACACAGCUCCUUUACAUAUUUAAAGCUACAGACACAGAAACAGCCUGUUCUGAGCAGGGCUGAAAUAGAGGGGUGACAUGAUCAAAUACAGGAACAGAGUGGAUUUAGUUUUGGGGGAGCUCUGAGACUUGUUUAAACUUGUUGAAAAGGAGGAUAAUAUGUGACCUUUAACAAUGCUUACAUUUUUUCUAUUUAAGAAAUCUGAGUCAUGAUGAUGAUAUUUCUGCAGAUAUAAGAUCUGGUAAUUGACAGUAAGCUAAGAAACUAUGUUUCUUUUUUGGGCUACCAUCACUGAAGAAAGUCAGAGGGAAGCCUUUUGUGUUUCUACUGUUCUGAACUGAAACUGUACUGAAACAGAACGGGUGCUACUUCAGUCUUUGCUGGAAGUCUUUCUUUAACCCAAACUGCUGGUUACAGUGCAGUUACCAACAAACUGGCAUCCGUUCCCAGAGGCAUAUAUCAUCAUCAGACAAUGAUAGACUAGGAUUGCAGAUUGUUUCCAGGUGUUGAUCUUCAGUUGUUUGGAAAUGUUUAAUCAGUGACAUAUUUGCUUCAUGAAUGUAAGUGUAGGAGUCAUCUCACAUGAGUGACACAACUGUUACUAGAGUUCAGCUGGACCAGAGUAAAGUAUGGAGUAUCACUUAUAAUCAAAAUCAAUGAGACAAAAACAUUAACAUUGAUCUGUAAGGUUCAGCAUAUUGCUGCUGUCUAAAAAUAAUGCAAAAAAACAAACUUUCUUCAGUACCUCAAAUAUACUGUCUGUUAGCAUCAAUAGGUAAGAGUUAUGCUUGAUGUCCUUUGAAUGUUCUAGAAAUGUUCCAAAUCAUGUUGCACAAUAAUUGUCAGAGAGUUGUUUAAACUUCAGAGAACUGAUCCAGACUGUCUUGUGUUUUUCCAACAACCACAUGAGGGGUUUGGGAAAAAAAAUCAUGAUCUUCUGCACUGGCACUCUGAAUGUUUAAAUCAGUGUGUGUGUGUGUGUGUGUGUGUACACGCGGUGAUGUUUAGAGAGAGUACAGCUGGAGCGAGACAGAGAGCAGCCUACUCUCAGAUAAAGAGUCAUGUCAUUGUCAUCGAUGUAUCACAGCUCACUCACUCAGGUCUCCGCUCCCGGCUGCUGUGUGUUUUGUGUGGUGUUUGUAGCCAAAGAGAACUAUUUUGAUUAAGUCAUGCCACAGAGGACCAAUGCUGUGUGUUUCACUUGUUUACCUUUUUGUAGACUGUAUAUGAAUACUGUAAAUGUAUAUUUGUGUUUGUGGCAGGAAUGUUUAAUAAAUUAACUUGUGUUUUAAAAGCA